AUGCUAGAUUUACCAACACAUGCAGAAUCAGCAGAGUUAGGGUACGGCAAAUCACUUGUCUUUGACGCAGCUUCCACAUCGCUUGUAGGCUUCUUGAAGCAUUCAUUGAGUAUUAUCCUUGGCAACCAAGAUUCAAAGCAGAUCUUUUACUUUUUACUGUUGAAUCUCUCCUACAUGUUUGUGCAAUUAGCGUAUGGCGUAUGGACCAAUUCAUUAGGUCUUAUAUCAGAUGCUAUUCACAUGUUUUUUGACUGUCUUGCAUUGGGUAUUGGCUUGUUUGCAUCUGUCAUGAGUAAAUGGCCCUCAAAUCAAAAGUAUUCUUAUGGAUACAACCGUAUUGAAACAAUCGCCGCUUUCUUCAACGGUGUAUUCCUCGUACUGAUCUCAUGCUCUAUCGUGAUUGAGGCUAUCCAGCGACUCGUUCAUCCACCCGAAAUGAGCACAGAUAGACUUUUGCUUGUCAGUUUCGUCGGUUUGAUUGUUAAUUUGGUGGGUAUUUUUGCGUUCAAUCAUGGUCACGCCCACGGAGGACACGAUCAUGGACAUGGACAUAAUCAUGGACACGGACACAGCCACGGCCACGGCCACGGCCACGGCCAUGAUCAUGGCCAUAACGCUAACAUGCAAGGCGUCUUUUUGCACAUUAUGGCUGAUACGUUGGGAUCUGCAGGCGUCAUUGUAUCUACACUGUUAAUCCAAUGGUUUGGCUGGACUGGAUUUGACCCUAUUGCAUCUCUCUUUAUUGCUGUCUUGAUUGUCAUGUCAGUUAUCCCUUUGAUCCGUCAGUCAGCCUCUGUCUUGAUGCUGGAAUUGAGUGAUCAAGUUGUAAAUCAAGUGGAAGGUACGUUGGAAGAGGUGAAACGUCUGGAAGGUGUUACAAGCGUGGAUACCUGUCGAUUCUGGCCCAAUGAGGCUGAGACCGUGGUUGGGUCUAUCCACGUGUUUGUUCAAGAUGGAGUCAAGACACAAGAUAUUCGCAGAAGCGUCACUGAGCUCUUUAUGAGCCAUAUUGAUGGAUUAAAAGAGAUUUGUGUGCAAGUGGAGUCUGUGAGCUCUGCUCGUUUAUUAAAGAAACAACAGCAACAGCAGCAGCAGCAAUAUACAGGGUACUACGCUCCUCAAAUGCAGCAACAACAACACCAACAUCAAUCAUUGCAUAAUACGCCCAUCAUGGCCAAUGCAAAUGUCAAUUUCAGAUCCACAGCCAUUCCUCAACCUACAUUUGCAGCAGCAGCCAAUGUAGAUUAUCCCUCGUCAAACCACUCCUCACCUGCCUUGCUGUCAAAAGCACUCAAAAAGAAAGAUUGA